UUAUUUAUGAUUGAAAAUAAUUCAAAUGAUGAUGAUCGACGAUCAUCUAAAGUCGAACUUUCCAAAAAAACCCUUGCAUUAUUAAAUCCACAAAACGUUUCCCCUACUAGUUCUGACUUUGAUGAAAAUGAAGAUUUACCACAUUGGCAAAAAACAAUUAUCGAUGGGUUUUUUAACCUUAUUGGUGAAGAACCUCCAACAAAUAGCAGUUUUCGUUCCAACAAUCAAACACAAUCACCGCCACGCAGAAAACCUUUCUUUCGACAUCAGAGUACCCUUA